CGGUGCUCGCGCUCGCGCGAGAAAGUCUGGGAAGGGGCAGCCCGCAACCGCACGGAUCCCAUCCGUUGCGUCCUCGCCGCCCAUCCGAAGAGCUCGUCUCAUAUCUCAGCGCGACGCGUACCUUCGACGGAUUCCGAACGCAGUCUGGACCCUUGCGUGCAUGCUCCUUCCAUGCGCUGAAUUCCCCGCGACAUGACCUCCGAGCCGUCGAUCGUGUAUCCUGCUCAACUUCGUCUACCCUUCGCGAUCUGGUCCAAAUCAUCGAAAUCGCCUGCCUCCUGCGCGCACGUCAAGCUACCAAGUCACCCGAUAACACCUGCGCUCGGCAUAUCAAGUGUCUUCGACCCGGUGCGGCGAAGUACAGAAGACAGUCGGGCGCUCCUGGCGGAGGUGCUGCAGGAUUGGGUGUCACCGUUCGCUGUGAUGCUCUGCCGCGGGAAGAGCGAGAUCAAAAAACAGAAUGACGAGGAUGGCGAGCAGGAGAGGUCUUACCGCCCAAAAAGUGGACCGCGCUGCGUGACCAGGGGAGCGCGCUGCAUUGUGAGAGAGGCACGCAAAGCUCAGGUAUGCGUUCGAGCCAGUAUCAUCUCUAAUAACGACCAUUGCCGUGUUCAACGCGCUAACGAGCUCUCGCAAACCUACGAAGACGUUGGGGCUCGUGUGUUAUCGGCGCGUGAAUGCGUCGUUGCGCGGAGGCUGCGUCGCCAGUCGUGCGUACUGAAAGGCGUUCAAGCCUUCUGUCGCCGAAACUGUUCCUCAGUCCUGAAUUGCUCAAACCCCCGCCGAAACCCCCACCGGUCCUCUCGUCGGGCGGCGCACCACACGGACGAAGACUUACGCGGGCACGGCCUUUGUCGUGGGUCAUCUUCAUUCGCCAGUCUCAUCCGUAUUCUCGGCGACGCAUGAAUCGAUUCCAACGGUUCGGUAGUCGUCGUCGGCUGUCAUCCGGGGGCUUCGGCAAUGAGAUGGAUCUAGGGCUGUCGAGGUGAGAUAAGGAGCGUUGGCCUCGCGACGGUGGCCGAGCUCGUGGAGCGCGUGCGACUGCAGGAGCGGGGGAGACUGCAGAGUUAA